AGAAAAAAGAAGCCGUCUUGGUGUCACGCGUGGUUUCCACCCUAACAACAACAUUUCUGCACUGCUGCUGGAUAAACGUUGAACAAAACGGACAGAAACUUGUUGGACCGACCGAGCUCCACCUAAAUUUCCGCAACAUGUCCGAUUUAGAGGCGCGAGUCUGCGCCAUUUUGGACGUCAUGGUAACGGCCACCAUGUCAGAAAUGGACAAAGUUAUCGGCAGCUCGGAUCCCAACGAGGCUCCGGCUUGGACAGAAAAUAAACAGACGUCCUGUUUGGAUCAGAAGGUGAUGCACUUCAACAUCCUCCUGGCGUCUCUGGCUCAGGAAGCCGUGGAGAAGAUCUGCCAGCUGUUUGAGGAAAGUUCGUCCGUGCUGCAGCUCGAAGUGUCGCAGGGCACGGCAGAGAUCGAAGACCUGAAGACGAGGCUGAGGGAGGUGGAGAUGGACCUGAAGCUGGUGAUGGAGGGAAGCGCAGAGCUGGGAGGCCAGGAGGAAGUGACGGAGGAGCAGACGGAGGAGAGGAGAGAAGAAGAGGAAGGAUCCCCGGGGAAUCUGUGCAGAGUUUUUGGUGGUGAAAGCGGAGUGAGGAGGUCGCCUAUUAUUCACCUGUGGAAAAGCAGAACUUGUGAGUCUGUCUCCGGUCAGGACAGCAUCCAGUCGGUUUUACUGAAGCAGGAGAUCCUGAAGGCCUCGGGCAUUUCCGACCCGAACCGAAACGAUCCCGCCCAGGAAGACGGCCCAGACUACACGGUGGAGAUGGACGACUCGGUUUACACCAUCAGAGCUAAAGGCCUGGUGAAGCCCAGGUCGCGGGUGCGAGGGCCGAAGGAGAGCCGGGGUCAGAGGGAGUCGCCCCUGAGCUGCAGGCUCUGCAAGAAAACCUUCAGCAACCUGCUGCAGCUCAAAGCGCACCAGUCCAUCCACGGAGCGAGCAGCGACAAGCCCUUCGUCUGCUCCCAGUGUGGGCGGGGCUUCUCCUUCCAGCGCAGCCUCAGCGCUCACAUGCUGAUUCACAAGGAUGAGAGGCCUCACACUUGUGACGUUUGCGGGAAGGGUUUCACCUUGAAGCAGCUCUUGAGGAACCACCAGCGUCUCCACGGCGACGUGCGUCCGUUCUGCUGCGACCAAUGCGGCAAAAGUUUUUACAGAGCUCACGGCCUGAAGCUGCACCGGAGGGUCCACACCGGCGAGCGAUUGUACAACUGCCACUACUGUGACAAAGGCUUCACCAUACCAGGUAACCUGCAGCGCCACCUGCGCAUACACACCGGCGAAAAGCCGUACAAAUGCGACACCUGCGGCAAAAGCUUCAACCAGGCGGACACGCUGAAGGGCCACCAGCGACUGCACACCGGGGAGCGUCCCUUCAGCUGCGAGACCUGCGGGAAAUCUUUCAUCCAGAAGAACGCCUUGAAGAUGCACCAACGGACAUUUCACCUGGACGAGAGGAAACUCACCUGCGUCGCAUGCAACACCGUGGUGCCUUGCAUGGAGUCCCUACGCAAGCACACCCAGACUCACGCCAUGACCAUCCCGUGCAGCUGUGUGCACUGCGACCAGCGCCUGUGCACCAUCACGGAGCUGCGGGAACACCAGCAGCAGCACACGCUGGAGAGACCUCACUGCUGCGGGAUCUGUGGGAAGAGCUUCAAGUCGUCCAGCUACCUGAAGAUCCACCUGAAGGCGCACAGCGGCGAGCGGCCGUUCGCCUGCGAGAUCUGCGGACGUCUGUUCACGCAGCAAAGCAGCCUGAAAUCACAUCAGGUGGUCCACACCGGCGAGAAACCGUUCAGCUGUGACACCUGCGGGAAAUCUUUUGGCAACACGGGCAACCUGAAGAGGCAUCAGCGCAUCCACACGGGCGAAAAGCCGUUCAGCUGCGACAUCUGCGGCCGCUGCUUCAACCAGGGCAACAGCCUGAAGGCUCACCAGCAGAUCCACACCGGGGAGAAACCAUUCAUGUGCGACAGGUGUGGGAAGAGCUUCUCCUACCUGAGGAACCUCAAGGACCACAAGUGUUUCUACGUUUGAAACAACAGAUCAUCUGGUUCAGUUUGUGGAUGUGGAUUGACUCAGUUGCUGUUCAAAUGGAUUCAUAUCUGAACUUUUUUCCAAAGUUCUGGACAGUAGGUUGGAUGUUCGUUUGGCUUAUUUCUGAGUCUGUUGGGUCUUAAAAGAGCUGUAAAAAUAUUUUUUUGUUUUAAACAAUAAAGAAUGUGAUGACAUUU